AUGGAAAAAGCUGUACAGUAUGCUGGUUUUAUCUCAUCGCAGGUUAUCAAUUGUCUACUUUUGUACCUGCUUCUUGCCAGGGCGCAUAAGAUUUUUGGCCGCUAUCGGAUAAUGAUGAUAUCAUUCUCAAUUGUGAUUAUGCUUUACUCGCUGACCGAGAUUUGUCGGACUAUGCUUGUCAGUAAUCAAAAAUGUUUCCAGUCCCAAAACCCCGUCAAUAGAGAAGAGCAAUGGAAUUGGUCGCAAGUAUUUGGCCUGGCAAUUUGUUGUAUAAUCAUGGGAUUGUGCUUCUCGACAAUAUCAUUAUAUCUCAACCGCCAGCUAUUCCUGACACUUUCUCUUCAGGUUUUCUUUUUUUUUUUCAAUUUUUCUAAUCGAAAAUGUUUCCAGACCCUGAUCCCAGUGGUAACAAUGUACUUCCCGGUGGGCAGUCUGAUAGUCUUCCCAUUUUUUGGAAUCGAUUUGGGAUUGUACGCAAACAAUCUCGGAGCAUUUGUUGGAGUUUAUCCUGCUUUGGAUCCAUUGUUUGCAAUAUUUCUGAUCAAAGACUUUCGCCAUUUUGUUUUGUGUCGAAAGAGCAAGAGCUAUAAAAUUGGUCCGUCAUCAAAUAACAACGCACGUAUUAUGUCAACUUCUGAUUAA